AUGCAGGUUGCUCAGCUUGGGCAAGAGGCGCUGCUGUCUGGGGCAUGGCAGGAGGAAUGCCUGAUGCUGGUGAUGCCAGGGGGAGCUGAUCUGCCCUACUGCCGCCAGCUGAAUGGCCGGGGCAACAGCCUUAUCCGCGGCUUUGUGGAGGCUGGGGGUGCCUACCUGGGCCUGUGCGCUGGGGCCUACUAUGCCUGCUCCUACGUGGAAUUUGCCCUGGGCACAACGCUCGAGGUGAGGGGUCCUCGCGAGCUGGCAUUCUUCCCGGGCACAGCGGCGGGCCCCGUCUACGGCGGCUUCCGCUACGAGACCGAGGACGGCGCGCACGCAGCGCAUGUCGCCUUCCGGCCGCCGCAGCUGGCCAGCGCCGUAGAAUCCGUAAAAGGGGACGCUCACGUAAACGGAGACAGGACGGAGCAGGGAACACCAUCCGGCGCCGCACCUUCUGCACAGCAGGGGGACUCCAUUCUAGCAGCAGGGUCAGCGGAAUCUGUGACCGAGACUGCAGAGAUUGGCGGCCGGCAAGAGGGCACCCACUCUCCCUGCAUGUCAGCUCGCGAGCCACAAGCAGGGUGGAUGGUGUGCCGGGACUACACUAAUGGGGGCCCUCAAUUUGUUCCCUUCGCUAUCAUUGAGAGAAAAGGGCAGCUGGCUGGUCCGUCAGGCCAAGUCAGCAAUCUGGAAUGCAACCACGGUGUUUAUGAGUGCCUGGCGGUGUAUCCUGAUAAGGGGAGUGGUCUGGCUGCGGUGAGAUGCCCUAUAGGGGCAGGAGUUGCAGUGCUGGUGGGCACGCACCCGGAACUGGACCCCAAAUGGCUGUCAACAGAUUCAGACAAGGUCUCAGCCGUAGCAGAGGAGCUGAAGCCUCAUGCAGCAGGAGGGCAGCCGAGUCAUGGUCACGGUUUGCUGAGAGCGAGCGGGGAAGGUGUGAGGGACCAGCUAGAAAGAUGCAGGGCGGAGAGAGGCAUGUUUUGGAGGAUGCUCUUGCAGGCAGCCGGCAUGGGGCGUUUCCUCCUGGACACCCCACCCCAAACACCUCAUUGGAAGUAA